GGUUCACCUGAUUUUAAGACUUACUGUAUAGUUAUGAUAAUGAACAAGUAUGUUAUAGCAGCCCUCUGUUUCUACAAUUUUGCUUUCUAUGGUUUGAGUUCCCCACAGUCAACAUCAGUCCAAAAAUGUUAAAUGGGGAACUCGGGAUCUGACAAGAUGACCGGGCUGCCCUGCAGGAUCAUCAAGGAAACCCAGUGUUUGCUGGCAGAACCAGUUCCUGGCAUUAAAGCAGAACCAGAUGAGAGCAAUGCCCGCUAUUUUCAUGUGGUCAUUGAUGGCCCCCAGGAUUUCCCCUUUGAGGGAGGGACUUUUAAACUUGAACUAUUCUUUCCAGAAGAAUACCCAAUGGCAGCCCCUAAAGUAUGUUUCAUGACCAAAAUUUAUCAUCCUAAUGUAGACAAGUUGGGAAGAAUGUGUUUAGAUAUUUUGAAAGAUAAGUGGUCCCCAGCACUGCAGAUCCGCACAGUUCUGCUAUGGAUCCAGGCUUUGUUAAGUGCUCCCAGUCCAGAUGAUCCAUUAGCAAAUGAUGUAGCAGAGCAGUGGAAGACCAACGAAGCCCAAGCCAUAGAAACAGCAGAGCACGGACUAGGCUAUAUGCAUGAACAAUAUUUAAAUCGAUCUGAUCGAAUGCAUCACUUCUCCUGUUCUGCCAAGACUUCUUCCUUUUUGUUUGCAUUUAACGGACACAGUCUUAGAAAUAUUACAGAAUAA